GUUGUGGAGCAGGAGACGUCCUCGGGCGCGGAGCGCUGCGGCCGUAUAUCCCGGUGCGGGGACUCCGCCGCCAGAGGAGACCGCGCUCCCCCGAGAGCUUUCCAGGGCGGGAGCGGAGAGCGCCCGGGGGCUUCCCUGCGGCGGCACAGCCGGACCGGACUGCCGGGGCGAGGAGCCACCGGGGGUUAGCUCCUCCGCGCAGCUGUCGCCGUUCGUUCCUUCUGGAAGCACUGAGGCCUUGUCCGGGGCUGGGGGCUGGGUGCAUCCAACACUCUGCCCGUCCACUGUAAGGCCCGGAAGGGAGAGGUACUGGCUUCAGCUUCCUUUUCUCCCUCGCAGUGCUGGGUGCCCAGUUGGUAAUUCCAUAAUCGCUCAGUAACCCUUCAGCUUCUGUCUUUGAGAAAUAGCUGUCACAGAAGUGGACAGAUGCUGCCUGUGACUAAAGCAGAACCCAGAGAGAAGGGCACCGGCUUUGGAGUUCAACAGACGUUGGGUCAUCCAGUGCUACCUCUGUCGGGGCCCUUUACAAAUCUCUAACCUGGAUCUAGUUCCUCAUUGAAGAGUUCCCCCUGAAAAAUGGCAGAAGCCAUUUUCCACGCCCCAAAAAGGAAAAGAAGAGUGUAUGAGAAUUAUGAGUCUCCAUGGCCGAUCCCUUUUGAUCAGGACCAAAGUCCUAAGAAAGAAUUCAGGAUAUUCCAUGCCGAAAUGAUUAACAACAAUGUGAUUGUGAGGAACGCAGAGGACAUCCAGCAGCUCUAUGGGAAAGGUUAUUUUGGAAAAGGUAUUCUUUCAAGAAGCCGUCCAAACUUCACAAUUUCAGAUCCCAAGCUGGUUGCUAAAUGGAAAGAUAUGAAGACAAACAUGCCUAUCAUCACAUCAGAGAACCCCUCUGCUGACCUGGGUGCUGCUUGUCUGGCUGCCACAGAGACUGCUUCAGCACGCAGCACUCUGUGUCAUCCCUCACACAGCAGUUUGGACUGUCAGUCCUUGGAGAACAUUGACCAGGCCCUACUCCUCUCUGCAGCUGCACACUUUGCAGUCCUUCGAUACCAGCAUCGUGUAGAAUGGGCGGCAAAGCUCAUGCGUAGACAGGGGCAGAAUGAGAGUACCGUGCACAGAAUCCUUGAGAAUUACAUAAAACCACUUGAGUAUCCUUGUAUAAAAAGAAAUGAAGAGGUUCGAUUGCCUGAUGAGCUUAACUCCGAAAUGGUUUCCAACAUGGAAGGCACAGCAGGGAGAGAGAAACUCCCUGUGAUGAGUGGAGACUCUGGAGAGUCGGAUGCUGUGGAGGAUCUGAGUGGGCCGUCAGGCUGCCUGCAGGAGGGCUCUGGGCAGGACCCACCAACUCUAGACGGCUACUAUGAAUGCGUGGCAGAUGAUGCUGCACCUCCGCCCCAAGUCUGUUGCUGCAAACCAGAUGCUGUCAUCCCCCAGUGUGGCCCUCACCCUGAGGAUGGCAGCAAACAGGCAUGUCUCCUCUGUGCAGGGGAGAGAGGGCCUGACCAUGAGUAUGUGCUUGUGGAGGAAGUGGUGUGUGACAGGAGCGAGAGUGAGGAUGCCCCAAAUGAGGAAUUGGUACAAAGAAAGAGACUAAUAUGCAGAAGAAAUCCAUACAGGAUCUUUGAGUAUUUGCAACUCAGCCUAGAAGAGGCCUUCUUCCUGGUCUAUGCCCUGGGAUGUCUCAGUAUCUACUAUGAAAAAGAGCCUUUAACGAUAGUGAAGCUCUGGAAAGCUUUCUCUGUAGUUCAGCCCACAUUCAGGACGACCUACAUGGCCUACCACUACUUCCGAAGCAAGGGCUGGGUGCCCAAAGUGGGACUCAAGUACGGGACAGAUUUAUUGCUGUAUCGGAAAGGCCCUCCAUUUUACCAUGCAAGUUACUCUGUCAUUAUCGAGCUAGUUGAUGACCAUUUUGAAGGCUCUCUCCGCAGACCUUUCAGUUGGAAGUCACUGGCUGCCUUGAGCAGAGUUUCAGUUAAUGUCUCUAAGGAACUUAUGCUGUGCUAUUUGAUUAAACCCUCUACCAUGACUGACAAAGAAAUGGAGUCACCAGAAUGUAUGAAAAGAAUUAAAGUUCAGGAGGUGAUUCUAAGUCGAUGGGUUUCAUCACGAGAGAGGAGUGAUCAAGAUGAGCUUUAAAAGUUCAACCUCAGAUUUCUAGUUUCACCAGCAACUAUUGCAUCUCCUAUAACAUGCCACAUUCAGGGCUAGGUAAAAAAUCUUUUUACUGUAAUCACCCAUUAAUUUGAAAGUUUUAAAAGGCAUCUCGCUCCCAGCGCCAGAAAACUGUCAAUGUUUUAAAAGACAAAAUUACAUGGAGAAGGAGAAAGAGCCUUGUGCUGUCCUUGACUUGGUCACUAGCUCUGACUGAUUCUGUGCUUCAUGCCUCUGGCCUCAGUCUGUGUCCUCACCCAGUCACCAGGGAGGCUGGACUAGAUGAGUCCCCAGAGGACUCUUCCAGCAACCAGGAAAUUUAUUCUCUGAUUUUACCUGAAAGUGGUAAUAGUUUACAUUUAUAUAGUAGAGUUUAUAAAGCCCUUUCCUGCGCAGGUAUCCCUCGUUACCCAUGUCUAAUCUGUUCCUGAAAGAGUGUUAGCAGAUUUGGGGAUUGCAGGAUCCUAUGUUCCAUUAUUUUAGAUGGAAAAAAUGGUUAUGUGUUUCAGCUUAUCCAAGAAAUUCAACCAAUAACUCAAACAUUUAAAAAUCCCUGCAGAGCUCUUCAAACUGUGGUCACGAUUGGCUCCCAAAAGGCUGGAAUUAAAUUUAGUCAUUCCACAAUGUAUACGUACUUCAAAACAGCAUGGUGUACACAAUAAAUAUGUAUAAUUUCAUCUGUCAGUUUUAAAAAAAUCCUUUUAAUAUCUGUCAAGGAUUUCUGUAUCAUAGAAAGCCUUUAAAACACCAAUUGCGUAUUUAUGUAAUUCUCAGUGAACUCAUUGGUAGGCACAUUUUGUACAGAACACAAAAUUUUGUACAAUAUUAGAUAAAAAUUAUAUCUUUUUUUAGUGAACUGGUUAUGAAAUAAAAAGCAAUAAAAUGUUUGGAGACACAUAAUGAAAGCAAUUAUCAUUUAGCAAAAUAUAAUAGAGCCUUUUUGUGGCUCUUUAAGGUUUAUUUCAUCUUUGAGAGAUAUUUCUAUGAGUUAGAAAUAGGAAUAGAAUUAGCAAUAAACAAUAAUAAAUUCAAAAACGAUCCUUAGAAUUAAUUCAUGUACAUACAAUAAUUAAAGCUUGAACCUCUUACUAUGUCUGCAUGUAUAAAACAUGCUGGGGAAUUUUACAUUAUCUUAUGCAGUUGGUACAAUGUAAAUGUACCUUUUCAUAUAGGUUCUAUUCACUAAUAUAUCACUUUUGUUAAAUUUACUUCUCUGUGUAUAGUCUCUCUGAUCUGUCAGUAUUCUUAAUGGAGUCAGAUGUCAGUCUGGAGGAACUAGGGUUAGGUAUGCAUUAAAAAUAUUCCACAGUUACAAAUUAAACUUCUAAAAAUUUAUUGAUAUUUAUUCAGAUAAGAAAUAACUACCUUUAAUUGUUCAUCUUCUUUAAGUCCAUCUCAAUCCUUUCUCAAUAAAAUCAUGGUUUUUCUGCAAGAA